GGUUCUUCCUCUGAGCUCCCCUUCCCAUCAGGGUCUAACAGACCCACCAAGUGGCCUUAGAGAACAAAAAAGCUGGUGAAGGGCACUUAGGCCUCCUGAAAUUUCUUGGGAUUUUGUCUCAUCUCAGCCUUUACUUGGCUAGAGCAGGUGCCUGUCAGAAUUCCCCUCUCCCCACCUGUUCCUCAGUCUGCCUCUGAAGUGAGAUACUUGGAAGAGGUCCAGCCCUGCAGGUUGGAAGCUAAGACCACUUGGGGAGGCAGGUAGACCCUGUACAGUCUUUGAGGCUCCUGUCUUUCUCCUCUAACAUCCUUCCAACUCCCGUAAACGUUAUUUAUUUCUUUAUUUUUUAGAGACAGAGUCUCACUUUAUCGCCCUAGGUAGAGUGCUAUGGUGUCACAGCUCACAGCAACCUCCAACCUGAGCUUAGGAGAUUCUCUUGCCUCAGCCUCCCGAGUAGCUGGGACUACAGGCGCCCACCAUGACGCCUGGCUAUUUUUUGUUGCAGUUUGGCCGGGGCCAGGUUUAAACCCACCACCCUUGGCAUAUGGGACCGGCACCCUAACCACUGUGCACAGGCGCCGCCCUCCAUAAACAUCUUUAAUCCCUUAAAUAUAAAGAGAUCCUCAUGGUCUGUCCUAGUCUCUGGCUCUUUGAACGCAGCACUGGGUGUGAUUUUACCACAUCCCAGACACUUUGUCUUACCAGUGGUGAAUCUAAAGCCCUCCUGGGGACCAGAACCCGUAUAUUCCACUGAUCUCAUGGCUGACCCAGACUCUCAAGACUCCAUGUGGCUAAAAAAGAACUCAUUCUCCUCCACUGGACUCUCAGGGAGCGGACAUGGACUUCGACUCGUACCAGCACUAUUUCUACGAUUAUGACUGCGGGGAGGAUUUCUACCGCUCCACGGCGCCCAGUGAGGACAUCUGGAAGAAAUUCGAGCUGGUGCCGUCACCCCCCACGUCGCCGCCUUGGGGCUCGGGUCCCGGCACCGGGGACCUGUCCACUGCGAUUGGUCCCCCGGAACCGUGGCCCGGAGGGGGCGUUGGGGACGAGGCGGAAUCUCGGGGCCACUCGAAAGCUUGGGGCAGGAACUACGCCUCCAUCAUUCGUCGUGACUGCAUGUGGAGCGGCUUCUCCGCCCGGGAACGGCUGGAGAGAGCGGUGAGCGACAGGCUCGCUGCUGGCGCGCCCCGAGGGAACCCGCCCAAGGCGCCCACCGCUCCGGACUGCACCCCCAGCCUUGAAGCCGGCACUCCGGCCACCGCCGCCCCCUGUCCGCUGGGUGAGCCCAAGACCCAGGCCUGCUCGGGGUCUGAGAGCCCUAGUGACUCGGAGGGUGAAGAAAUCGACGUUGUGACAGUAGAGAAGAGACGGUCUCUGGGUAUACGGAAGCCUGUCACCAUUACAGUGCGAGCAGACCCGCUGGACCCCUGCAUGAAACACUUCCACAUUGCCAUCCAUCAGCAGCAGCACAACUACGCAGCCCGUUUUCCUCCAGAAAGUUGCCCCCGAGAAGGGGCUCCAGAGAGGGAUUCCCAAGAAGAGGCUCUUGGGGAUGGAGAUGCUCCAGAGGAGAAGGAAGGCGAGGAGGAUGAAGAGACUGUGAGCCCCCUGCCUACAGAAAGGGAGGCUCCCCGGUCCUGCCACCCCAAACCUGUCAGUUCUGAUACUGAGGAUGUGACCAAGAGGAAGAACCACAACUUCCUGGAGCGUAAAAGGCGGAAUGACCUGCGGUCACGGUUUUUGGCCCUGAGGGACCAGGUACCCACCCUGGCCAGCUGCUCUAAGGCCCCCAAAGUAGUGAUCCUAAGCAAGGCCUUGGAAUACUUGCAAGCCCUGGUAGGGGCUGAGAAGAGGAUGGCGACAGAGAAAAGGCAGCUUCGAUGCCGGCAACAGCAAUUGCAGAAAAGAAUUGCGUACCUCAGUGGCUACUAACUGACCAAAAAGCCUGACUGUUCUGUCUUACAAAGACAGUUUAUUUUUAACCUCCCUUUCCCCUUUAGUAAUUUGCACAUUUUGGUUAUGGCAGGACGAUCUGGACGGUAGAUCCCAGGAUGCAUUGCAGCCAGUGCACAAAGAAUAGGGCUUGCGUUCUUGGAGACCUUGAAA